GGUGUCCCAGAACUCAUCAGAAUUUUUGAGGGAGAUAUAAGGCAUGGAUGAUUUUUCUUCAAAGUUGGUGCACUCACAAAACAUACAUUGACAGAUUGAGGAAUACUGACACUGAUAAAUUUCAGGAAUAGUCUCAUAUAAGGGAGAGAAGUGAAUGAAGCAGUGCUCCAAGAACAGAUAAACAGAGCAUUGACCCUAUAUACCCUAGAAAGAUAUACUAGUACUCGCAGUCUUGGGUACUUUUAUACUGGCCUGUCAAGAACUCUAGUUGUAAGGUAGCUGCUAAAUCGAAUCAUAGUAGGCUGAAAAUGGCGGAUGUUGGUAAAGCAGUGAUACCUGGACGAACUAUUGCAAUAGCAGUAGAUCCAAGUGAACAUUCGAAGCUUGCUGUCAAUUUUUACCUUACCAAGCUUAGAGUUGAAGGCGAUAAACUGAUUGUCAUUCAUUGUCAAGAGAUGUUUAAUAUAGACCAAGCUCGGUUGCAUUAUGCCAGUGGGGCAGCAUUUGCAGAGAUGUUAAGGGAAGAGGAGGCGCGUGUGCAAGCCUGUGCAUCAGAAAACGCAACAUUAUUAAAGGAUGCUGGGGUUGAAGUUUUGAAGACGAGGACAGACUGGGGAAAGCCUGGGGAGGUUAUUUGCCGGGUUGCUAAAGAGGAGAGUUGUGACAUUGUCGUCAUCGGGACACGUGGACAAGGGAAGCUGAGACGCACAAUUUUGGGAAGUGUAUCAGAUUAUGUAGUCCAUCAUUCUGAAUGUCCAGUCGUUGUAUGCAAACACCCACAUGACAAGAAAUGAACAUUUUGACAGUAUGAGUACUUGUGAAGAAACUAUUGAUAGUCAAUUUGACAUAUAAAAGAUGUUGUAUGACUUGAGGGAUAUCAUUUUUAUCCAUGGACGGAUAUCGAUCAUCUUCACGAGAGAGCGCAGCGAGAGAGUGGAUAAAAAUGGUAGCCUA